AUGGGGCAGCUUUUUGCUCUGACUUCAAUGCAGAUGAUAAUGGUGGUGAUCUCCUGGGUGGUCUCCAUAACUGCAGCCAUUGACACCUCAGAAGCAAUAAGCUGCUCUGAAUGUCACAGCAACGCUACCUGCAUAGAAGACUGGGCUGCCACGACGUGCUCCUGCCAGGCGGGCUUCACUGGCGACGGCCUCCACUGCGUGGACCUAGAUGAAUGUGCCACCCCUGACGCCCACGACUGCUCUGUCGACAGCAGCUGCGUGAACAUGCCGGGCUCCUACAUGUGCGUUUGUGCCCAGGGCUUCCAACUGACUCCAGGGCUCGGCUGCACCGACGUGGAUGAGUGUGCGGAGCCUGGGCUCAGCGGCUGCCACGCCCUGGCCACUUGUGUCAACAGCCGCGGCAACUACUCGUGCGUGUGCCCCGAAGGCUACCGGCGGGACGGGCGGAGCUGCGAGUGCUCCCCAGGUUCCUGAGGGCCAGGGCUAGACUACGUGGCCCAGGGCGAGGCGCUCGUGUGCUCUGAUCCUUGCCGGGUGCACCGCGCUUUGGACCAGUACUGGCGCAGCGCCUAUCAUGGGGCGGGCUACAUCUGCGACAGGAACUUGCAUGGCUGGUACCGCUUCGUGGGGCAGGGGGGCGGGCACCUGUCUGAGACCUGCGUGCCAGUACAGCACUGCAACACGGCCGCCCUCAUGUGGCUCAACGGCACUCACCCGUCCAGCUACGAGGGUAUCUUGAGUCGCAGGGCCUGCGCUCACUGGAGUGGCGACUGCUGCCUAUGGGACGCGCCCGUCCACGUGAAGGCCUGUGCCGGCGGCUGCUAAGUCUGCAACCUGACCGCGCCCCCACAGUGCCAUCUAGCGUACUGCACAGAUCCCGGAUCCGUGGAGGGGACGUGUGAGGAGUGCAGUAUAGAGGAGGACUGCAUAUCAGAUAAUGGCAGAUGGCGUUGUCAGUGCAAACAUCACUUUAAUGGCACCGAUCUCUCUCUCCUGGAACACAGGCUGGAGUGCAGGGCCAAUGACAUCAAAUUGUCUCUGAGCAAGUGCCAGCUGAAAAGCUUGCACUUUGAAAAGGUCUUCAUGUACUUAUGUGACCACCAGUGCUCAGGCUUCCUUGAAAGGGGUGACCGAGUCUGGAUGUCUGUGGUGACCCCAGCCAGGGAUGGCCCCUGUGGGACAGUGAUGACAAAGAAUGAAACCCAUGCCAUGUACAGCAACACCCUCUACCUCGCAAAUGAGAUCAUCAUCCGUGAUGUCAACAUCAACAUCAACUUUGGGUGCUCCUACCCCCUGGACAUGAAAGUCAGCCUAAAGUCUUCCCUGCAGCCAAUGGUCAGUACCCUUAACAUCAGCAUGGGUGGGACGGGCAUGUUCACCGUGCAAAUGGCGCUCUUCCAGAGUUCUUCUUACACUCAGCCCUACCAAGGUUCCUCUGUGACUCUGUCCACCAAAGCCUUUCUCUACGUGGGCACCACACUGGAUGGGGGUGAUUUGUCCUGCUUUGCACUGCUGAUGACCAAUUGCUAUGCCACACCUAGCGGCAACGCCACAGACCCUUUGAAGUACUUUAUUAUCCAGGACAGAUGUCUACGUACUGCAGACUCAACCAUCCAAGUGUUGGAGAAUGGGGAGUCCCCUCAGGGUCAAUUCUCUGUCCAGAUGUUUCAUUUUGUGGGAAAUCACGACCUGGUCUACCUGCACUGUGAAGUGUAUCUCUGUGACAUCAUGAAUGAACAGUGCAAACCUACCUGCUCGAGGACCAAGUUCCACAGUGGGGGCAUCAUAGACCAAACCCAUAUCCUGAACUUGGGUCCCAUCACGCGGAAAGGUGCCAAGGCCACAGUCUCCAGGGCUGCUUCCAUCAGCGUGGGUCUCCUGAAGGUCGGGCUACCUCUGCUUCUGUUGGCUGCCUUGACCCUGAUGUCUCAGUGA